GAUCACUCCGUAACUCCGUCUUUUUCGAACAGACCGGCGUUGACCGGGAAUGAAGAUUGUGUACGCGUGAACCCCUCCACGCUCUGUAGACCACCUUGACCCUAGACACAACUGAAUAAAAAUAAAGGUUGAAAGGUCAAAGCGCGUGGGCAUGUCCAAAGCGCAAUCGGACAUACAUCUUACCGAUAGACUUAAUCGGAAUAAAAGGCAUCUCAGCAGUGUGUUCUUUAAAUUGCAAUUCCCCAUUUCACCCUUUCCCCGCCGAGUUAAUAUCAUUCAUUCGGAGGAAGAAGGGUAAUUGUGUUGCUCAACUCUUUUGCUCCCCGACUUCCAUCUAGAAUUUGUAAAAAUGUCCAAUCAAACAAAAGAAUACACUCCUCCUUCAACAGAUCUAAUCACAUUGACAAGACAUGUGCUCAAUGAUGGUUUCAAUUUGGCAAGAAGUAGUGCUGCAAGUGGAGAUUUAACAAUCUUGUUGGCAAGUUUACAGACUACAUGCAAAUUUAUUGAGAACAAUGUCAGAAAAGCAAGUUUGAUUAACUUGAUCGGUCAAGCAGGUAAUCAAAACGUUCAAGGAGAAGAUCAGAAAAAGUUGGACGUUCUUUCAAAUGAAAUUAUGAUCAAUGCUCUUCGUGCAAGUGGAAAAGUGGCAGUCUUGGUCUCAGAAGAAGAUGAAGAAGCAAUCAUCGUUGGAGAAAAACAAGAAGGUGCAACAUUUGAAACCGAACGUGGAAAAUAUUGUGUAGUAUUUGAUCCCCUUGACGGAUCUUCCAAUAUUGAUGCAGGUGUGAACAUUGGUACAAUCUUUGGUAUUUACCUUGUUCGUGAUGGCUCAAAAGGCACAAUCGAAGAUGUUUUGCGACCUGGUAGAGAAAUGGUUGCUGCCGGAUAUUGCAUGUACGGUAGUUCGGCAAAUUUGGUGUUGACGACCGGAAAUGGUGUAAACGGAUAUACACUCGAUAACGGUAUCGGAGAAUUUAUUUUAACUCACCCAAACAUCACCCUGCCACCACGGGGAAAGAUUUACAGUAUCAACGAAGGAAACAGUGCUUACUAUCACGAACCCGUUCUCAACUAUUUGGAAAGCAUCAAAUAUCCCAAAGGUGACCGUAAGCCUUACUCUGCACGUUACAUCGGUAGUAUGGUUGCUGAUGUCCACCGUACAUUAUUGUAUGGUGGUAUUUUCGGUUAUCCAGAAGAUAAGAAGAGCAAGAGCGGUAAAUUACGUUUGUUAUACGAAGCUUUCCCAAUGGCUUUCUUGACCGAACAAGCCGGUGGUGUAGCAACUACUGGUCGUGGAAGAAUUUUGGACGUUCAGCCUAAGCAAAUUCACGAACGUUGCCCAGUCUUUUUGGGAUCGAAAGAGGAUGUUGAAGAGCUGUGAGUAGAGCUUGGGGAUUGUAGAAUUUGCGAGUGUUCGAAAUACUGACUGACAUUUUACCAACUUGAUUCCCUUACAGUCUAUCUUUCUACAAGU